CUGUCAAGCUACUGACUGUUAUCAAAAACUUUACUUUUUUUUCCCAACUUUUUGUCUGUUUUUACAAAAAUAUGGUUCUGACACAUAAAGAUAUCUACAAGAACAUAGGGAUCAGUUACCUUAUUUACUCUCAUAUCGCAGCCAAAAUUACAAGAAGGGCUUUGAAAAAAGAAUUUCUCAAAGACGCAUUCAGUCGAGAAGUGUGUAUGAUCAAUAUUUCCCAUUACAAAAAUGGAGUUAAAGGCGAAGUUUUUAUACCAUUACAACCUAAAGUGGAAGAAGUUACCAUCGAUUUGAAAAGGCCUAAGAAAGAAGAAACAUAAGAAUAAUAAAUUUAUUUUUUUAUUUAUUAAACAAAUUUGGCUUGUUUUUUUUUAACUGCACUGUUCCCAUCAUUAUAAUAAAAAAGAGGGGAUCGUUAA